AUGCCGUGGUCCUUUGCGCUCCCCCAGGCCAUUCUCACCUCGCCGGUGCUCUCGGUCGCCACGCCCAUCCUCACGGGAACCGGCGUCGCGCUUCUAACGAACCGCGUUCGAACCAAGAAUACCUACCACCAGCUCCGACAGCCGCCAUUCAGCCCGCCCAAUUGGCUCUUUGCGCCCGUGUGGACGGUGUUGUACGGCAUGAUGGGCUACGCCGCGCAUCACGCCACGAUGACCGCGUCGCGAUCCUUCUCACUGGCCGCCCGCGAGGCCAACGACUCGGCGCAGACGCUGUACACCGCGCAGCUGGUGCUCAACAACCUCUGGAUGCCCCUGUUUUUCGGGCUAGGGCGACCAGCCGUGGCCUUGGGCGAUAUGGCGCUCCUGGCUGGCAAUGUCUCGCUGCUGCUGGUGAACUGGUGGACGGCUGACCGCACGGCAUUCUGGUUGAUGACGCCGUACUACGCGUGGCUCGGGUACGCGGCGUACCUGAAUGCGGGCGUGGGGUACUUGAAUGGCUGGGUGUUGCCAAACCGAAAGUGA